CCAGAGAAAGCCAGAAGGGCAGAGAGAGGAAAGGAGGAGCAGCAGCGUCGGCGACAGCAGCAGCAGCAGCAGCCCGAGGUUUCUCCUUCGCCCUCCAGCCCACUUCUUCCAAAACAUGGACUCCAGAAAGCGCUGCCCAGCAUCUUUCUGCUACUGCUCCUUCUGCAGCUCCAGGGCAGCUUUUCCCAUCCCCUAGACGGACCUCGCCAGGCCCGGGAGCUAACCGGGGUCCAGGAACUGCUGUACCGACUAAGAGACCAGAUCUCAGCUCUGGAGGAGCUGGAGACGGCGGAGCAAGAAGAGACCCCGGGGGAAGUCUGGGAGAACAAAAAGCCUGAACACCGACCGGUGCCAGAGGGCAGCCGGAGCGAUAGGGUCCUCUCCUUCCAGGCCCUGCGUGGUUUGCAAAGCCCCAAACUGAUGCGGGAAUCAGGCUGCUUUGGCAGGAGGCUGGACAGAAUUGGCUCUCUCAGCAGCCUGGGGUGCAAUGUGUCAAGAAGGAAUUAAGAAGUCCCAGCUGCCUACUUGCUAACAUCUAAUUCUUGCUGAGGCUUUUCCACCCCCUCAAAAUGACUCCUAUUUAUUUUUAUUUAUUUAUUUAUUUAUUUGGUUGUUUUGUAUAAGCUGGUUUCUUACUUUUGAGCAUGGAAAAUUUAUGAGUAAAUAAAAUCAACCUGAUGUAUUUUUA